AUGCAGAACAUCAGAAGAAUCUCCUCUCUGCAACUGGACAUCUUAUUUAAAGCAUGGAGACCCAGCCACCCAUUAUCUUUCACACAAGUAAUGGAUCACCUCACUGUCAAAUUGACUUGUAAUCUAAUGGAUUACCUAGCUAAAGAAAUACCGUUGCUUUUCAAUUCAAAAUGGCACAAGUUUCUAACCGCAAAGUUGGUUCACAUCAUCAAUAUUUCCACCUUUGCUGCAUCAAUUGCUGAUACUUCUGAGAAAAAGGAAGCUAGAAAUCAAGUUGACAAGAUGCCCGUGUUUCUGGUCUCUGACAUUUUGAAGCAAUCUACAAAAAUCAGGAUUUCUGGCUGUUUUCUGGACCAGCUUGUGGAACUCAUGAUGUUGGAGAUGAUGAAAUGGGCCCAAAACUUUCCAGAAGCUGUCAAAUGGAGGAUAGAGUCGACUGUCCAGGGUCCUCUUUAA